GGUUCCUCCCUCUCCUGUACACCGCCGCGCAGGAAAGGCCCCGGCGCGCCCUGGGCGCCAUGUCCGAGCCGCCUGCGCAGGAACACUCAGGCGUGAGCUCCGGGCCGGCCAGGGCCAGCGGGACACCGCGGCAGGCCCAGAUCCGGCGGGGGCUGUCGCUGGUGCGCCUCGCGCCGGCCCUCGCUGGAGGCACGCUGGGGUUCCGGCUGCGCUCGCAGCGCAGCCGCGCCCUGCUGCCGGGGGGCGAGGACGGGUGCCGGCAGGCCUCCGUCGCCUGGCUGGUGCCGCUGUGCUUCUUCACGAAUCUCGGCGCUGUCGGGCCGGUGACGUUCUUGUCUUCGGGGGACGAAGCGUCGGGAGCGUGAAUUUUCGGAGGUCCGCGUCGAUUUCUUGAAUCGGGGUGCGGAGCGCGGCGCCAGAGGCACCGCCAGGGGGCUUCUGCGCCGAUCCGAGAAAUCCGCGCGGACCUCUGACAAUUUUUGUCUCUGCCA